UGUUACAUCCUUCAGGUGAAUUUUUCAUAUAUGCGUGGCCAUUUUAACUGAUUUCGUGUUACCGCAGAGGUUUGUGAUUUUUACAUCCCUAAAUUGUAAUGCGAGUAAUUCACAAAAAUCGUUGGCACAAUAUUUAUUAGAUUCUAUUUCACUUCACCUUGUUUUAAUUAAUGUUUUCGAAAAGUUUGUCAUAUAAAAAAGCAUUAAACUAGAGAACGUUUGCCGAAGUGACGAAUUAAAACGUGAUUUGUUGAGGUGAAAGAAGUGAACGCGAAGAAAUAGUGGAACGCUGGGAAAGAGUAACCAGACCUCGAGGAGAGCAAAUAAGUUAAUAAUCAUAGUGAACAAACAAAGGAAAGAAAGAAAACGUGUACGGGUACGAGUUUCUUGUGCGUGUAUUUGCAUUAAACAUCGUGAUAAACGUGGUGGAGGCGAUAGGUUUUCAGUAACAAAAUAAAAGAAAUAUCCCUGUCGUCGUCAUCGAACGAAAUUUAUAUAUACUUACGUGGACUCAUCAAUUGCAGACUUGUGAGAUAAGGAACGAAAAUACAGUUAAAAACAUGGCUCAGGAUAAUACGGAGAUGGCAACCAAAUUUUCUACACUUAAUGUAAACGCUGUUGAAUUUGUGCCUAGCUAUGGCUACAGUAGCGUUGCUGCUAGUGCGGCUGCAGCGGCGGCAGCUGCUGUAACAACAGCAGGUUCCACACCGAAUGUUGUCCCAAUGGAUGCUUCAUCUCUGCCGGCGUCAGGUAGUGCAACACCCGCCACAACCCCAGAUUCUGCAGGCUCUGGUGGAUCUACAAAUGCACUAAACGCAACUGCCGCAGCCGCUGCUUUAGCAGCGGUACCGCCCGGUGUAGCAGGCGAAACUCCAGCUGAUUCACCAAUGCAAACAUCGCCAGUGACAACGCCAUCAACGGCAGCGCCUAUUGAAAAUAUAAACACCGCUGAUAAAAUUGCUGCUAACAAUGAAAAUGAUCCAGCCGAUAGUUGGGACGUUGAGGAUGAUCCUGUCAUAACACCCGAUGAUGAGGAACCUGACGAAGCUAUAGAGGAUGUCGAUAGUGACAUAGCACCCAAGGUCUCAAAGAAGAAAACACCCAAGGUUGAAGAGUCUCGUAGUAAAAAAGAGCACGUUAAUGUUGUCUUCAUAGGGCAUGUUGAUGCUGGUAAAUCAACAAUUGGUGGCCAGAUAAUGUACCUAACGGGUAUGGUCGACAAGCGUACACUUGAAAAAUAUGAACGUGAAGCACGUGAAAAAUCUCGCGAAAGCUGGUAUCUUUCGUGGGCGUUGGAUACCAAUCAGGAAGAACGUGACAAGGGUAAAACUGUAGAGGUGGGCAGAGCAUUCUUUGAGACCGAACGUAAACAUUUCACCAUAUUAGAUGCACCUGGCCAUAAGAGUUUUGUGCCCAAUAUGAUUGGUGGGGCCGCUCAAGCUGAUUUGGCUGUUUUGGUAAUAUCGGCACGAAAAGGUGAAUUCGAAACUGGUUUUGAUCGUGGUGGACAGACGCGUGAACACGCUAUGUUGGCAAAGACAGCUGGCGUUAAACAUUUGGUUGUUUUGGUUAAUAAAAUGGACGAUCCAACUGUUAAUUGGGAUGAAGGACGUUACAACGAAUGUAGGGAUAAAAUUUUACCAUACCUCAAAAAAUUGGGUUUCAACCCUUCAAAGGAUUUGACCUUUAUGCCUUGUUCUGGUUUGGGCGGAGCCGGUUUACGUGAUCCUGUACCAGCCGAUAUUUGUCCAUGGUACAGAGGGUCGGCGUUCAUACCGUUCAUUGAUCAGUUGCCUUCGCUAAAUCGUAAUGCCGAAGGUCCAUUCAUAAUGCCUAUUGUUGACAAAUAUAAAGACAUGGGUACAGUGGUAAUGGGAAAAGUGGAAUCAGGAACAGCGCGAAAAGGUCAAAAUUUACUGGUUAUGCCAAACCGGACACAAGUUUCAGUAGAUCAACUAUUCUCCGAUGACGAUGAAGUGAACACUGUGGGUCCUGGCGAGAACAUCAAAGUUAAGCUGAAGGGCAUUGAAGAGGAAGAUGUGUCACCCGGUUUUGUUUUAUGCGACGCCACCAACCCUAUUAAAACUGGCAAAGUUUUUGAUGCGCAAGUUGUUAUCUUGGAACACAAAUCCAUUAUUUGCGCUGGCUACUCAGCGGUUAUGCACAUUCACUGUGCGGCUGAAGAGAUAACGGUGAAAGCCUUAAUUUGUUUGGUUGACAAAAAGACAGGAGAAAAAUCAAAAACACGUCCAAGAUUUGUUAAACAAGAUCAAGUGGCAAUUAUGCGUAUUGAAUGUUCCGGAAUGAUAUGCCUUGAACAAUUUAAACUAUUCCCACAAAUGGGUAGAUUUACACUUCGUGACGAAAAUAAAACUAUUGCUAUUGGCAAGGUGUUAAAGGUGAUCGAAUAAAUUAAUGCACAGCAAAAUUCAACUAAACGCCUUGUUUCUAAAUAAGAAGCAAAAUACAAGCUAAACAAAUAUGAUCGGAUUCGUUAAACAUAAAUCAUUAACGCCAUUUCACAUUAAACUGAAUAUGAAACUGAAGUGAAUCGUAAUUAAUUGGUGAAACAAAAGGAGAAGAACGCAAACACACUUAAAUAUAACAUUAUAAAACGAACGAAAACAAAAAAAACUGAAAAAAGUAAACUUAUAAAUAUAUAAUUAUAUUAUUGCUAUAAUUAAAUAUGAGAAAACUUAUAUACAAUUAUUGAUUUUAUUAUUUCGGUUGAAGUUGAAACAAAUUCCGAUAAGCCGUAAAUGAUAAUUAACACAUGCAAAUAAAUAUUUAAAUAACUGCUGCUAAAAGUAAGCAUUAAGUAAUUUUGAAUUGAUUUUUUUUUAUAUAUACAUAUAAAAAUCGAUAGCAUUUUAAGAUCGAGAUAUUGAAAUAUAAAAAAAAAACAAUAAAUAAAAAUUAAAUACAAUUUAGCGCAGUUCCCUUCAGUAAAAAUUAAUUACCCAAGCUUACAUAAUAUGUAUUGCAGAUCACUAAUCGAAAUGUAGAACAUACAUAAAUACAAACACAUUUUACACAAUAAAUCAAGCUCGUACAUACAUAUAUCACAGCAAAAAAA